CGGAGCCCUGUGUCAGACGCGGCGGUGAAGGCUGUAGCUCUACUCUCCGAGAUGGGGGUGGUACUCUCACCCCACCCUGCCCCAAGCCGCAGGGAGCCCCUGGCGCCCCUGGCACUGGCGCCCGGGACCCGCCCUGGCCGGAGCCCUGCGGUUUCCGGGAGCUCACGGUCGGCUCUGCGCCCCUCCACCUCCGGGCCUGGGCCUGGGCCUGGUCCAGGGACGGGCUAGGGCGGGACUGCGGCCUCGGGGCGCUGGGUCCCUGCCCCUGCCGUGCACUGCGCGGCUCCCCGCGCCGCAGCUGGGCACCAGCAGCACCACGGACCGCCCCGGCGCCCGCCCGACGGCGCCCCGCGGCGCUUUAAGAGCCGGCCUGGCAGCCCAGCCCCAGCCGCCCAGACCGGCGAGACCAGCCUGCGGGAGCAGCGCCAUGGCGGAGCAGCUGGCCCUGGUGAUUGGGGGCACCAUCGGGGGGCUGCUGCUGCUGCUGUUGAUCGGGGCAAGCUGCUGUCUGUGGAGAAGGUUCUGUGCCACCCUCACCUAUGAGGAGCUGCCUGGGACACCAGCCAUGGCCACCACAGCUGCCUCCAGUGGGCAGCGGGACAGGCCCUGCCAGCCGCAUGCUAGGACCCAACUGAGCAGGCCACCAGCUGUGCCAUUUGUGGUGCCCCCAACCCUUCAAGGCCGAGAUUGGGUGCCCCUGCACAGUGGAGAGUGGGCCCAUGCCCCAUGGGACCCCUGCCCGGCAUCAGAGCUGCUGCCUCACACCCCCAGCGGCGGCCUUGCCCUCCCACCCUCUGUUAUAGGAGAUGCAUGUAUGGUGGGGGCCAUCAACCCAGAGCUGUACAGGUUCCCAGAGGACAAAAGUGAGACCGACUUCCCCGACGGCUGCCUGGGGCGGCUGUGGUUCUCAGUGGAAUACGAGCAGGAGGCCGAGCGGCUGCUGGUGGGCUUGAUCAAGGCACGGCACCUGCAAGCCCCCUCAGAGACCUGCAGCCCCCUGGUGAAGCUCUACCUGCUGCCCGAUGAGCGGCGCUUCCUCCAGUCCAAGAUCAAACGCAAAACCUCCAACCCGCAGUUUGACGAGCACUUCAUCUUUCAGGUGUCCAGCAAGACCAUCACCCAGAGGGUGCUGAAGUUCUCCGUCUACCACGUGGACAGGCAGAGGAAGCACCAACUUCUGGGCCAGGUGCUCUUCCCCUUGAAGAAUGAGACACUGGUGGGGGACUGCCGGCGUGUCAUCUGGAGAGACCUGGAGGCUGAGAGUCUGGAGCCCCCCUCGGAGUUUGGCGACCUCCAGUUCUGCCUCAGCUACAACGACUACCUGAGCCGCCUGACGGUGGUUGUGCUGCGUGCCAAGGGCCUCCAGCUCCAGGAGGACAGAGGCAUUGUCAGUGUGUUUGUCAAAGUGUCUCUGAUGAACCACAACAAGUUUGUCAAGUGCAAGAAGACUUCAGCUGUGCUGGGCUCCAUCAACCCUGUGUACAAUGAGACCUUCAGCUUCAAGGCCGAUGCCACCGAGCUGGAUACCGCUAGCCUCAGCCUGACCGUGGUGCAGAACAUGGAAGGGGACAAGAGCCAGCAGCUGGGCCGAGUGGUGGUGGGCCCCUACAUGUACACCCGUGGCAGAGAGCUAGAGCACUGGGAUGAGAUGCUCAGCAAGCCCAAGGAGCUGGUGAAGCGCUGGCAUGCGCUCUGCCGCACCACGGAGCCCUGACCCUUCGCCCAGCACCGCGGUUCCGCUUUGGGAGCCGACCAUCCUCGCAGUUGCACGUGACAGUCACAGCCACACGCAUGGACGUUUCAUCCAACAGCUCCCUGAGCUGCCAGGCCAGCCCGAGCCGGGAGGAUGUGAGUGCUGAUGUGCAGGAGAGAAGAGGGGACAAAGAAGCCCUGGCCCGGUCAGCGGCUCUGGCCAUACAGCCUUCCGACACACUCCCUCCUCCUUACCUGCGGGGCUGCCUGGGCUCGGAAUCCCGGCUCCUGGUCCUCACAGCCCUGAUUUGGACCAGAAUCUCAGGUACUCAGAAGAAAGAUCCUGUUUAGUGAUGAUCCAGCUCUACCUGCUGAAUGGACGUGCAGAGUAAACUUGGGUGCCUCCAUCUGGGAAAGCUGAUGAUGUGUUCAUGCAGUCGAUGACCCUCACUGCUUUUUCAGCCAGGGUUUCUCUGCCUUCUGCCUGGCAGAGAAAACACACUGCUAUGGGGAAAAUCACAGGGAGGGCACUGUGACCAUCACGCUCAGGCACCAAGUGUCGGCAUGGCUCACUGUGCUGGGUGAAGGCCUCCCUGAGCAUUAGGUCUUCCACGGGGCUGUGUCAAAUGCCCUUCCACAUUCUGUCAAGUCUGCCCAUGGCCCACCCUCCCCACAGUCCAAAACCACACAGCCCUGGUUCUCCAGCUGUUCUGCUGCUGUUUCUAUGCUCUCCCUGAUUAACAGCAUUCAGUUCCUGGGCUCUCCCUUUGAGCAGGAAAUGGUGAAAGCAUGUGGCUAUGGUAUAGCCCACAGGGCUGAGAUUGCUGUGUUGCAGUAUUGAUGUAAAAUUUGUUAAGAAGGAAGUACCCACAAAUCACUGCCAUCAACUCCCCAGAAGUUGCACUCAAGCUAGUGAGCAGCCCUUGUGCUUGUCACAGUUACCGUAACAGGCAGUGUGUAUUUGUACCUGGCACUGUGCAGCCUGCACGUCAACACGUUGUUUUGCAUAACUAGAACAGCUAUGGAACCACUCUUUCUUUCUCUUUUUUCCUUCUUUUUCUUUUUUUUAUUUUAUUUUAUUUUUUUGAGACGGAGUUUCCCUCUUGUUACCCAGGCUGGAGUGCAAUGGCUUGAUCUCGGCUCACCGCAACCUCCGCCUCCCAGGUUCAAGCGAUUCUCCUGCCUCAGCCUCCCAAAUAGCUGGGAUUACUGGUGCCAGCCACCAUGCCUGGCUACUUUUUUUUAUUUUUAGUAGAGAUGGAAUUUUACCAUGUUGGCUAGGCUGGUCUCAAAUUCCUGGCCUCAGGUGAUCCACCUGCCUCAGCCUCCCAAAGUGCUGGGAUUACAGGCAUGACUCACUGCACCCGGCCCGACCAGUAUCUUUUUCUUAUGCAGUGAAACAACUUUAGCAAAAGAGGCAAUGAAUGUUGUACUGAGUUUGUACCUCUUUAACUCCACCUCCAAUUUCUGUCAAUCUACAAAUACAAGUAUUGCCUGGCAGUGUUUCAUAUGGACAGAAUAUCUUGUGUUUGCUUUUUGUCACUUAUUUCACUUGCACAUUUUCUUUUUUUUGUUUUUGUUUGUUUGUUUUUUUGAGACGGAGUCUCGCUCUGUCGCCCAGGCUGGAUUUGGAGUGCAGUGGUGCGAUCUAGACUUACUGCAAGCUCCCCGUUCUGGGUUUACUUACGCCAUUGUCCUGCCUCAGCCUCCUGAGUAGCUGGGACUACAGGCGCCUGCCACCACGCCCCGCUAAUUUUUUGCAUUUUCAAGUAGAGACGGGGUUUCACUGUGUUAGCCAGGAUGGUCUCGAUCUCCUGACCUCAUGAUCUACCCUCCUCGGCCUCCCAAAGUGCUGGGAUUACAGGCGUGAGCCACCACACUCGACCCACUUGCACAUUUUCAAAGUAGUCCACGAAGCUGUAGUUUCUAAUAGCUUCAUAGCACACAUGUAAUAGGGGUUCUCUGUGUGUUUAUAGAGCAGGCUACUACAGUGGAACUGUUUCUGUUUCAUCUGAUAUCCCGAUAGAUGCCAGCCACCCCCACAUUCCAAGGUGAGAUUUCUGACUAGCAGUGACUUUUCUAGGGCCACUUGGAAAAGUUGGUAAGUAUCCUUUUCUGCAGGACAGAGUAGACUGGUAUCUCUGACUCAUCCCUGAAAAAUCUAAAUGGCAAGAGACUAGCCAGCUUUCUGCUCUGAUGGGGGUUGUUGUUUGGGCUGUUCUCUACAGACCUAGUCAGGGCAAAAAGCAUAUGCAUGCUUCCCAUGGACCAGAGAGACCUGGCCUGGGUUGUCUCAAAUCCUGUCCGCAAGGCAACUCCAGAAGAAAGAAGCCCUUUACAUUUCCAUAAAACUCUUUAGAACCAGCUAGUCAAUUUCCACAAAAUAAAGUGCUAGAAUUUGAUUGGAUUUAAUUGAUUAUGUAGAACAAUUUGGGGGGGGCCAUUUGACAUCAUUAAAAUAUUCAAUCUUCCUAUUCA